ACGCGUCUCGUCACGCGCUUUUCUUUUAUAAAGCACAACUGCAACAUUAUCAGUAACAUUAUGGGAAUUGACUCGCCGCAACUCAAGAAACGCAGGAUGUCUGUGUCCGACAGCGCUGACAAUGACGCGUCUGCUCCCGCGUUGCAGUUGCUAGUUAAGAGACUCUCUGACAAGGCCAAGAUUCCUACUAGAGGAUCGAAUUUGGCUGCGGGGUAUGAUUUAUACAGCGCAGAGAAAAAAGUGAUUCCAGCGCACGGUAAGGCACUGGUUGACACCCAGCUUUCCAUUGCUGUUCCUGCGGGCACUUAUGGGCGAGUUGCACCUCGCAGCGGUCUUGCAUCGAAAUUCAUGAUUGACACGGGUGCUGGUGUUAUCGACGCGGACUACAGAGGUGUCGUCUUUGUUCUGCUUUUCAACCUCUCAGACAAAGACUUCCAAGUUGAAGAAGGCGACCGGAUAGCUCAACUGAUCAUCGAGCGCAUUUAUACGCCUGAUGUUAUGGAAGUGGAAAACCUCGAUGAAACAUUACGUGGAGCAGGAGGGUUCGGCUCUACGGGUGGGCACGGCUCUCUGUAACAUAUUAUAUCAACUAUGCUGCCUUUAUAUUAUCACGAGAGAAGGGAGCCUAAUUUUUUGCGACGGGAUUGAUGCUCAUUACAAGUUGGUUUAGUCCUGCUUGUGUUGUUGAAUGUGAAUGCAGCGUGGAUGUCUAUGUUAAGGUCGUACUCA